ACAGCUGACGGGGAAGAGAUAAGCUGAUAGUUGUUUGGGUUAGCUACUUGUCAGGUGUUUCUUUGCCCGGUCGCCUUUUUGGUCGCAAUUUAGAUAGGUAGCUACAAAGAGGGGAAGACAAAAAAGGUGUUUCCGAUUGCCUUCGUUGCCAGUCCAAGACGGGUAGCUGUCACAAAUCCUUUGCUUUGUGUUUCGAAGAUUUUCGGCCUCUAGCAACCCGAAAACCACAACUGGUGCGAUGGGAAUUCCUUAAGUUUUUUUUUUUUUAAACUGUACUCGGCGUUUGUUUGUGUGUCAUGUGACUAGAGAAGUGAAGGAAGUGCGAUGCUUUCCACCCAGACACCUGAGAAUGGGCCAGAGCAAAAAGAAGUGAAGCAGUGGAUAAAGAGCAAGUUGGCACUUUCGCUCAAAGCCCUGCAGAAACGCUAUGUGACAACGGAUGCCGUGGUGACUAGUGAAGAUGGGGACGCAAACCUCCUCUGCUGCGCCCUGGAGGCUGUCUUUGUCCAUGGUCUCAAGAGCAAGUAUAUCCGGGUGGAGGCCGGAGGCCGGGGCAGGAAAGCUGGCCCACGGGGACCAAUCCCCCAGCCGGUCUUCUGGGCCCUGCUUAAGACUGUCACUCACCGGGACGUGAUCACGGAGCUGGAGCGUCUCAGCUUCAUCAGCACGGACGUGGGCCGCUGCCGGGCCUGGGUGAGGCUGGCACUGAACGACGGCCUGGUGGAGUGCUACCUGGCCUCGCUGCUGCGUGAGGCCUCCAAGCUGGCGGCUUACUACCAGCCCGCCGCCCUUCUCCUGGACCCCGAGGAGCGUGAGGUUCUGCUCAGCUACCUGCAGGGCCUGGCCUCCCUGUCCUUCCAGCUGUCCUACAAGUCAGCUGUGCUGAACGAGUGGACUGUCACCCCGCUGGCGCUGGCCGGCCUCUGUCCCGCUGCCGACUCCCUGGACCUCCCCCUGGGGGCGGGGCACGGCGGGACGCCCAAGCGCAAGGAAUCCUGGGACACGAUGUCGCAGUCCUCCGGCGGCUCGGACACCAUGGAGGUGCAGCGGGGCCCAGGGCAGGGCAGGGGGGUGUGCGGAAAAAGUGGCCUGACUUCCUCCAACCUCAGCCUGGACACCACGGGCUCCUCCCAGCUCUCCUCCAGCCUGAGCUCAGACAGCCUGCUGCAGGGAAACGGGCUCAAGAGCCCCGACAAAGAGCCCUGGCCCUGUGACCUGGACAUCCCUCACGUCACAGACGACCCAAAGAAGGGCCUGACAGACAGCAUGCUGAUUGGUUUUGGGGAGAGCACUCAGUCUAGUCAGGACUCUAUGCAUGAGGACUCCUUUGUGUCCAGCCUGGCCCCGGCAUCCAGCGGGUCAGACAGCGAGGCUCCCUGCACCCUCACGGACGCCCCUGCCUCUGAGCCCUGUGACCCUGCUGCACUAGGCCCCACCUCGGAGCCCUGUCUCCCGACCCCAUUAGGCCCCACCUCGGAGCCCUGUCUUUCCACCCCAUUAGGCCUCACCUCGGAGCCCUGUCUCCCCACUCCACUAAGCCCCACCUCGGAGCCCUGUCUCCCCACUCCACUAGGCCCCACCUCGGAGCCCUGUGUCCCCACUCCACUAGGCCCCACCUCGGAGCCCUGUGUCCCCACCCCACUAGGCCCCACCUCAGAGCCCUGCGUCCCCACCCUGUUAGGCCCCGUCUCCACAGCCUGUGACCCCGCUCCGCUAGACCCCACCUUGGUGCCCUGCAACCUCACCCUGCCAGGCCCCAAUUUGGAGCCCUGCGAUCCCGCUCCGGCCACUCCUAUCGAGGAGACGGCCGCCCCCCCCGAGCCCUGCCAACCGUCAGACUGGCCUCUUUCCCUGUACCUGCCGAUCGCAGAGGCCCAGAGCUCCACCCCCCCACCAGCUACCCUGUGUCUCACAGAGCCUGCAAAACCCCAGCGGUCCAUGAGCGUCCUCAGUAGGAGGACGUCUGCAGACUCCCUGCACUCCCCCACCACCGGGCUCCCUAAAUGCCGGUCCUGGAUUUCUGAGGACGACUUCUCCAAGCCAUGCACAGAGGAGACCUCCAAGCCAGAGGAAGCGCUGUGUGUCAAUGAUGCACUUGUGAAUGGAACAACCUCACCCAUCACAGAACCCGAGUCUCCGCAGUCUCCUCCAAGUGUAGUACAUCGCAGACAAAUCGGUCUGUCCAACCCUUUCCGGGGGCUCCUGAAGCUUGGCCACCUGGAGAGGCGGGGGCCGGUGGGCAUGUGGCGGGAGUGCUACUGCGAGCUCUCGCCCUUUGAGUUCCGCCUCUACCUCAAUGCCGAGGAGCGCACCUGCUGUGACAACUGCUUCCUGCUGCGCUGCGAGGACGUGCGGCCGGCCGCGGCCGACGGCCGCUUCGAGAUCAUCUUUCCGGGCAAGCGGCUCUACCUGCGGGCGCCCUCCUGCGACGAGGCCGAGGACUGGGUGGACCGCAUCAUCGAGGCCGUCAACAAGUGCCGGCCGCCCCCCCCGGACGACCAGUGGGAGGUGCUGAAGCCUUCGGACGGGGGCGAGGCCGACGCCCCGUCACCACCCACCUCCGCGCCCUCCAGCCCGGAGUGCGCGGCCCCGGAACGGGGGGAGCCGCCCAAGCUGGAGUGGACCCGGCCGUCGGAGCCCGAACCGGAUGCCAUCAAGGAGGCCGUGCUCUACCUCUCCCAGGACGAGCGCACCUGGACCCCUCUGGUCUUCUCCCUCUCCCUGGAGGCCCUGAGGGCCUUCCGGAUGCAGGACGGGCGGAAGGUGCAGCGUCACGCCUACCCCAUAGAGUCCAUCCGCGACGUGGUGCCGGACGCCACGCUGGGGAGCCCCGCGUUCUUCAAGGUGCUGACCUCCAGGGACACGCUCAAGCUCCGGGCGCAGGACGAGGGGGAGGCCCGCGCCUGGAGGGGUCUCAUCCGGGGGGCGCUCAACUCCUACCUAGACACCUGUGAGGAUGGAUGCGCCGAAGCUGGCGGGGCCGAGGGCGGGAACAUCCACAGGCUGGUGCAGCACAGCCUGAAGGGAGAUGGUGUGCUGCUGCCACACCUCUGCACCCUGCCCACCGAGAAAGGGCUGGACGCACAGAACUUCAAAUGUGCAGGUUGUCCCAGGCAAAUAGGCGUCUCCUUGGGGAAGGCAAGGCUAUGUGAGUUCUCAGGGCUGUUCUACUGUGACACCUGUCACCAUGGCAACACCAUUGUCAUCCCAUCCCGCAUGGUGCACAACUGGGACCUGGUGCCUCGAGAGGUGUCUCUGCCGGCGCUGAGGCUGCUCUCCCACAUCGCGCGGGAGCCCCUGCUGAGCGUGGAGACUCUGAACCCGGGCCUAUGUGAGCACGCCGAGCCCAUGGCGCUGACCCACAGCCUCCGCCAGAGACUGCGUCUGCUGGGCGACUACGUGCUGGCCUGCCGCAGCGGCGUCCGCAAGAAGAUCCAGGACAGGUUAGACCAGAGGAAUUAUUUGCUGGAAAGCUACAACCUGUACAGUGUGACCGACUUACGAGAGAUCGCAGAUGGACAGCACGAGUCCUUCCUGCAGAACCUGAUCCAGUUUGCGUCCAGCCACGUCUACCACUGUGACCUGUGCACCCAGAGGGGCUUCAUCUGCCAGAUCUGCAAUGCUGACGGCAUCAUCUUCCCCUUUCAGUUUGAGACCACCACCAGGUGUGAAGUGUGUAAGACGGUUUUCCACUCGGCCUGCAAGGCGCAAUCUCCCUCGUGCCCUCGCUGCCUUCGCCUGCAGAAGUACCUGGAGCGGGAGCUGCAGGACUGACGGCCGCACCGCGCCCUCUCCACGCCCCCGGGGCGAUCAGCCUUCAUGCUGAGCCGGCUUCUACGGCGAGAGGGGCUGAGCCGGUAGCAUCUUUUUUUACGGAAACUAGCCUCCACAAGUGCCCUUAACGGACGUCAUGCAGGUACGCGCCCUGCGAAAAAAAACACCCAGGAACACAGGUGUGGCGGGAGCUUGAAGCCGCCGCUUGCUCGGGAUGUGCAGAGCGUCUGUGGACUGUCCAUUGAUUCCACCAGGAAGAGGAUGUCACCAGUUCUGCUUUUCACGUAGAGCAGAUAAAGAGCAGUGUGGCUACGUGUUCAACAAAGCAUCGGGACUUCCUAACGGUGACCCUUCUUCACAGGUUGUAGUUUAUCCACUUCCACCUGGAACAACAACCACCCUCACCUGUGCAGACCUGGCGGGCAGCCGCUAUCAUCUAUAUCUAUGUAUGAAUAUUAUGCAAGUUUAACUACGAUCAAAGAACAGUCAUGGGAAGGGGUUUAACAUGGCAGGACUGUUGUAGGUGGAAGGCCAAGCUGUCCAAGCUGGCCUGUGUGUCACACUUGCUUCGAGUUCUGGCACUGGGUCCUUUGGUGAAGUGCUUUGGUGAAAGGUGGAAUUACAUCAAGGAAUUUCUUUUUUAUUUCCAUUUUCCAUUAUCACUGUUUUAUAGAUGGCCCAUGUUUCUCACCAAUAUGCAGUUUCUGUCUUGGUCUUAAAGGGCAAAAAUUGUUUUUGGCUUUGUAUAACUUCCUGUUUUUUGUGAGUUGUUUACAGGAUCUUGAGUCAACUGCAGCGCACUUUGACCCUCAGUGAUCAUUACUGUGUAAAAAAAUUCCCUAAAUUCAUUACUCAAAAUCAAGUGUGAUACAUUUUACCAUUUCUUCAGGGAUAGUCACUCGGUUGUGUCAGGAGAAGUUAAAUAACCUUUAAAAAAAAGAAAAGAAAAUCCACACUCACUUUGGCUUUGUACUUCAGCAUUUGCUGUGCUGUGUAUCGAUUGUAUAGCUUUGCCGCAUGCAACCUCACUGACGUUUGUGCCAAAAAGGAACCGAGGCAGAGGUGUCCUCUCACUGUCUGGUUACAUAGUUAAUAUGUCUCACAUUUUUGUCUUACUUCACUCUGUUUCAGUCCCCAGAAGUUUUUUUAAAUUAUGCAAUUUCAGAGAAUGCAUUGAAUGUCUUUGGGUGAUCACAGUUUUUUUAUAUUUUUUUAUUAUUAUUAUUAUUUUUAAUUGUUGAUUGUCAACUGCCUAAUCCUGAAAACAUGGGACUGUAGCAAUGAACACGAUUGGCUUAAAAUUCUCUUGACUGGCCAGCAGCAGCGUGCCACUUUCACUUGUCCAGCCAGCAGGGCCAAAAGCUUUAUGUUCCUGUUCAUUGGGUGGCCGAUUCUGCUGGGACACUACACCUGCCUUACCUGCUCUGGCAUCUGCCCUCAAAAUGGCUGGCUUCAAAAAGAGCGCUUCCAUGAAGAGAAACUCUGUUUGUGAGCAGAGCCUGUUGUUUUGAAUGUUUAAACCACAUCCUUCUACUUGGUGACCUCACCAAGGCAUAAAAGCUUGAAAUUGCUUUUUGCCUUGCAUUCAGACCAUUAAUAGAUUAUUAGCCCUGAAUGUUGGAUUUAAAAGUAACACUAUGGUCCUCACUUCUUUGCUUCUCAGAGCAGUUAACGUCUUUACCAGGUGCAAGGGCAUGCACUUUGCCAAAUUAUCGAUUGCAAGGUUUGACUGAGAAAGCCAUUGACCAUUUACCAAAGCAAGCCACAAGCUUGUGGGGGGCACAGUAAUCGGUCCAUUUCGCUGAAGCUGCCUCUGGUCAAUACACAGUGGACACAGGAGAAACGUCAGGGUUCUCGCAUGAAAAACACACAAAUCCUCAAGACCUUGUGAAGCAUGUUUUUUUUGUCUGUGGUCUGAGGGCUGGGAGGUCGACCACUGGCCCAAUGUAACAAAUUGAAGACCCUUGCUGUUUCUGCCAUAGACGCAACAAAGCCCAAAGCACUAUCUUGGUCACUGACCAGGGAUGUUGGAAGGGAAGAAACCAGAGCCGUUCCCUUAACUCUGGUAGACUUUGUUUGAAAAUGAAGAACCUUGUGAAAUAAGGUUAAUAAAAGCAUUAUAUAAUGUAAUAAUCAUGGUUGCACCUGAUGUGCGUUCAAGAUGGCAAACAUUAGCUAACAGUUUGAAAAGGUAGUGUGCGGCAAACAAAAGAGACAUUUAUUUGGCUGUAAUUAUACACUUGUAAUGUUUAAUGUAAUAUUUGUUCUUACCUUAAAAAAGAAAUCACAGGUAAGAAAUGACUCAGCUACAUACAUUUUUAUUAAAAAGUUAUUGGUGGCGAUCUAAAUGGAAUGUUCAUUUAACAUAUUUCAAUAGUAGCCGUUUGCUGCAAACAUGGUUCUCCGUGAACGUCUUGAGUGCACGUCUGGUAACUGCCAGUCCACUAGAAGAGCAGAAUGCUUGGUUCUGAUUUCUUUUUUAUUUAUUCCUUUUCAUUACUAUCUUUUACAAAUGCGUCACUUUAUCCUUGGGGUUUCGGGGGGGGUUUCUUUUGCCCCGGUUGUAUAUGUUCAACAGAAAUUUCAGUGUGGUUUUUAAAAAAAUUCGAAAUUUCCAACAUAUUUUUAAAAGCUAGUCUGCUUCUCAGAUGGUUGGAUCAGGCUUAAUUGUGCAUUUUUAAAAUUUUGAGAUCAGUUUCCAUAGGAUACAGGUUUAAGUUUAGGUUUGUUAAUCCUUUGAAAGCCUACUAUAUUUUUGAGGGUCUUUGAGGGUCUAUAGUUUAUAGAAAACAUUCAAAUGAAUGAUUAUUUCCACUAGUUUUUUUCAAAUAAUGCAGUGUCAAAACCAGUACUAGAGCAACACAGGUGCAUCUUGUGAUUAACUUCUCAGUUGAGAUCAUUUUAGCCCACUAGGGGGAAGCACUGAAUUGACUGCAAAAGACAGUGGCCCUCACUCCUGGUCCUGGAUAGCCGCAGUGUGUGCUUGCUUUUGUUGUAGCUCCACACUUAAUUGAGCAAUUAAAGCAGUUAAUUACACUGUUAAGUCUCGUCUGGUUUCUUGGGUCUGAUAUUAAGGCAAAAACAAAAACUAGCACUCCAUGUGGCUCUCCAAGACCAGGAGUGAGGACCACUGGCAUAGGGAGUGCUGCAUUUUUACUACAGUCUAUGCACAGGAUCUUGUUCUGAAAGUGCCCUUCCUGUAAGGGUAGGGUGUACCAGGUGUACUGUUGGUGCUUCUGAGACCAGUCCCUUUAGAGUAGGCACCAGUAGGAACAGGCCUGGAGGCUUACUUUGUACUACACAUUGUUUGGCUGCAACCAUUCUUGUGCUGCUAAUUGCCUGGACAGUUAAUGAGACUGCAUGGGUGGGGAGGGGCUUGGCUACACUGUGUGACGGAUUUCAUCUGACUGUUAGCAGGAUAACAUCUGAUUGUAUAACAUUUGAAUUUUGUAAGGAUUUUUAUAUUGUAAUUAAAUUACAAGGUAUUUAUCAUCUA